GUAUUCUUCAAUCACCUGUGAGUGAGGCUCGAUCCUCAAUUUACUCCUCUCUUCGUACGCUCGCAAACCACGCUGAUUUUCUUCCUGCGCUUUCAGACACAAUGACCCCAGCCGGAAAUCCCUCCGAUGGUCGACCCGACGAAGCCCAAGAGACCAUCAAUCAGAAGAACACGGAAGCACUAUCGGACGAGAAAAGUAAUACUCGCAAACAAUCCGAGUCCGAUCAGCCGACAACAACACAAGCUGAACACGCUUCACAGCAGUCAUCAUCCGAUGAGAGCGAUGGGUCGCUCGCCCGAAAAGUCCGAUCUGAUGGCAAGCGGGAGCUGAGUGAGGACGACUGCUAUGACCAACUGGGCUUUUCAUUCCCGUGGUACAAGAAAUGGACCAUCUUGACCGUCAUCUUCAUGGUGCAAAUGUCCAUGAAUUUCAACACGGGUGUAUAUUCCGAUGCCCUCACUGGCAUCGAAGAGACGUUUGGGGUCAGCGCACAAGCUGCACGGGUUGGCCAAAUGAUCUUUCUGGUAGCAUACGCAUUCGGCUGUGAGCUUUGGGCGCCCUGGAGUGAAGAGUUUGGGCGGUGGCCGAUCAUGCAGCUCAGUUUGUUCCUGGUCAACAUUUGGCAGAUCCCGUGCGCCUUGGCUCCCAACUUUGGCACGAUUGUCGUGUGCCGGUUUCUAGGAGGAUUGAGUUCCGCCGGUGGAUCAGUCACCCUCGGCAUGACGGCCGAUAUGUGGGAGGCCGACGACCAGGGAUUUGCCGUCGCGUAUGUCGUGCUUUCCUCCGUGGGGGGCUCGACGAUCGGACCGGUCUUUGGUGGAUUUAUCGGCCAGUAUUUGACCUGGCCAUGGGUGUUCUGGGUGCAGUUGAUUUUUGGUGGUUUCGUUCAGGUGCUGCACCUCCUUCUCGUACCAGAGACGCGAGCCACGGUUCUCAUUGAUCGUGAAGCCAAGCGCCGUCGGAAGUCGGGAGAGGAUCCUGACGUGUAUGGACCCAACGAACUCAAGGAGAAUCGUCUGGAACUGCGUGAGAUUCUCCGGAUCUGGAGACGCCCAUUCGAGAUGUUUGUUCGGGAGCCCAUCGUGUUGUUCCUGUCGCUAUUGUCCGGAUUCUCGGAUGCUCUAAUCUUUACCUUCACCGAAUCAUUUACUCUUGUGUUCGACCAAUGGGGUUUUGAUACCCUGACUAACGGGCUCGCCUUCUGUGCAAUCUUGAUCGGUUAUAUCAUUGCGUAUCUCGUGUUUCUUCCUGACGUGUGGCGACAACGCAAGAUCCGGCAGCAGCACGGAUCGGCCGCGCGACUGGCUGAACGCCGUCUGCUCCUGCUCCUGUUCCUCGCCCCCCUGGAGCCUAUCGGCCUGCUCGGGUUCGCCUGGACAUCUAUCGGACCUGCGUACGCGCCUUGGAUCGCACCCUUGAUUUUUGCCUGUCUGAUUGCCAUCGCGAAUUACGCCAUCUACAUGGCGACCAUCGAUUAUAUGGUCGCGGCCUACGGGCCGUACUCGGCCUCCGCCACGGGCGGCAACGGAUUCGCGCGGGACUUUUUGGCAGGCAUUGCAACGAUGUAUGCUACUCCUUUGUAUGAGGACAUCGGCGGGAAGUUCCAUCUGGCGUGGGCCUCGACGUUGUUGGGCUGUAACGCCGCGAUUGUCGCCAUUCCGAUCUAUAUAUUCUAUUGGAAGGGGCCGGAGAUCCGGCGGCGGAGUAAGUUCGCGCAGACACUGGCGGCAGAUCGGGAGAAGCAUGCGGGGCGGCGGGCGAGUCGACUGCGCGAAGAGGAGAUGCCGUAUGCUGUAUAAUCCCUGAGCCCAGUGAUAGCUUCCAAAUACAAUUCACGACUUGUGCACUAGUGUCUGUAUCUGUAGGUUCAAUAGUACUGGUACCCUCUCUCCAGCCCUGACACCAGUCCUCACCAUCAUGGAUACACUCCGCAUGCCUGCAUGCCACAUAUCUCAACUGCACGAAGCCA